AUGAACUUCAUCACGGACAAUGCCUUUGUUGUGGACGAUGAUGAAGAAGAGGCAGUAGCACUUGGAUCUUCACCUUGUAGUCUCCACUGCGAGGAGGAGGAGGAGGGAACCGAAGAAGAGGCGGAGGAGGAGGAAGAAACCGAAGAAGAGGCGGAGGAGGAGGAAGAAACCGAAGAAGAGGCGGAGGAGGGAGAAGCUGAAGAAAAUGACGAACGGUACGAAGACGUAGAACACGGCAAGGAGGCAGUGGAGGAAUUGGAGGUCACAUGCAACUCCGGCAAUGAUGAAAAUACACCUGCGCCAGCGGCAAAGCCGUAUAUACAAAAAGGGCCAAGCGCUACAAACGUAUUCACCUCGGUGUUUGCCUGCCCGCAGGCAACCAGUGCGACAGGGACCUCUCUUCAGCACUGUCACGUGUUGGCCUCAUCGUCAUCAGUAGUAAUGCCACCGGCAGAAGGGACAACAGGCGACGGGAAGUCGGGGUUGGUUAUUCCGCCUACUGGGCGUGUCCAGGCGAAGCAGAUGCGAGUGCUAACCCGGUUUCUUGAUUUUCAAGCAAAGACGUCGGCUGGGCGCGAGAAGCGUCAGCGAGGCCUUUUGUGCAAUGAAGAAACAGCCGAAGCGAUGGCGGUCUUGGCGAGGUUUGAGCUUUCCCUUCCAACAACUCGGUUUGAUGAACAGUUGGAGGGUAUUUUGUCAAAGUCGUGGUGA